GUGUUGUUGACGUUGGGAAACGAUUUCAGAAGUCAUUAUUUAUUUACGGGAUUUUAAGAAGUAAAAACUAAAUAAGCAAGUAACAAGAAUAUUAAAAAAUGAGUCAAGGAAAUGACCCACCUCCUAUAAAGAGGUAUCGGCGGAAUAUUAAGGAAAAUAGCGAUUCAGAAUCCGAUGAUAAUUAUGUACCAUAUGUACCUGUGAAAGAACGACAAAAACAACAGCUCAUGAAACUUGGCAGACUUGGGCAGCUCAAAAAUGAAGCUUCAAAUCCAGCUGGUGGCAAAAGUAGCAGCGAGAAUGAAAGGGAUGAAGAGGAAGACGACAGUGGACAAACAUGGGGUCGUCGAUGUAAUAAAUCCCUUCUCGAUCAGCACACCGAGUUAAAGAAAUUAGCCGAAGCUAAAAAAGAAAGCGCCUUAGAGAGGCAGUUGAAGGAAGAAGAGAAAAUUUUGGAAAGUGUAGCAGAGAAUAAAGCUCUCAUGGGAGUAGCAGAAUUAGCAAAAGGUAUUCAAUAUGAAGAUCCAAUAAAAACGAGUUGGCGACCACCCAGAACUGUAUUACAGAUAGCUGAAGAAAAACAUGAAAAACUCAGAAGAAAGCUCAGAAUCCUAGUAGAAGGUGAAGAUGUGCCUCCGCCUUUGAAAAGUUUUAAGCUUAUGAAGUUUCACAAAGGAAUUAUAAGUGGCUUGGAACAAAAGCGCAUCGUCGAUCCAACCCCGAUUCAAGUUCAGGGCAUUCCAACAGUAUUAUCCGGACGCGAUAUGAUUGGAAUAGCAUUCACGGGCAGCGGUAAAACGCUUGUGUUUGUUCUUCCUCUCAUAAUGUUUUGUUUAGAGCAAGAAAUUGCGAUGCCAUUCGGCAGAAACGAAGGUCCUUACGGACUAAUAAUUUGUCCUUCUCGUGAGUUGGCAAAGCAAACUUACGACAUAAUUCUACAUUAUACUAAAAGUUUGAGGCAAGCACAUUGCCCAGAAAUUCGUGCAUGCCUCGCAAUCGGAGGAGUUCCUGUUUCUGAAUCCCUCGAAAUUAUUAACAAAGGAGUGCAUAUAAUGGUAGCCACACCAGGUCGACUGAUGGAUAUGUUGGAUAAGAAAAUGGUUAAGCUCAGCAUUUGUCGGUAUCUUUGCAUGGAUGAAGCUGAUCGUAUGAUAGACAUGGGAUUCGAAGAGGACGUUCGAACGAUUUUUUCGUUUUUCAAGGGUCAACGUCAGACGUUGCUUUUCUCAGCCACUAUGCCGAAGAAGAUUCAGAACUUUGCUCGUUCGGCUUUAGUGAAACCGAUAACCAUAAAUGUAGGACGAGCAGGUGCUGCAUCCAUGAAUGUAAUUCAAGAAGUGGAGUACGUUAAACAGGAAGCCAAAAUUGUUUAUCUUCUGGAGUGCCUGCAAAAGACUCAUCCACCUGUUCUGAUAUUCGCUGAAAAAAAACAAGACGUCGAUGCCAUUCAUGAAUAUCUUUUACUCAAAGGAGUGGAAGCGGUUGCUAUUCACGGAGGCAAAGAUCAGGAAGAAAGAUCGCGAUCGGUGGAAGCAUUUCGAGCUGGCAAAAAGGAUGUUUUGGUUGCGACAGAUGUUGCUUCGAAAGGUCUUGAUUUUGCUGAAGUUCAGCAUGUCAUCAAUUACGACAUGCCAGAUGAUGUUGAAAAUUACGUUCAUCGAAUUGGACGUACGGGACGUUCCGGAAAAACUGGAAUUGCGACGACGUUUAUCAAUAAAGCAAAUGACGAAUCCGUGUUGUUGGAUUUGAAGCACCUGUUAAUGGAAGCGAAACAGAAAGUUCCAGCCUUCUUAUUGGAAUUGUGUUCAGAGAACGAGAAAUACCUCAAUCUUGGAAACGAAAGGGGCUGCAGUUAUUGUGGUGGUCUUGGUCAUCGGAUUACAGAAUGUCCUAAACUGGAAGCGAUUCAAAACAAACAAGCUUCCAAUAUUGGUCGUCGUGACUACUUAGCCAGUAAUGCAGCAGAUUAUUAGAAUCUACAAAAUUAUUAUCUGGUAUGUUUGAACCAUUUGAAAAUAUUUUCAAUCUUAUUUUAUUUAUAAGAUUUAUCUUUCAAAUGUUAGAACGAUUAGAAAUCGACGCUUUGUAUAUAGAUAGACAAA